AUGUGUCGGGGGAGACUUUCCGCACACAUACAAGCACACAAGCUCCUGCCGUUCGGAACAAAGCCCACUGCUGCGUGUCGUAUCAUGAAUGUGGCCGUAACAAACGCUCCCUUAAGGAGUCUUUCUCUCUCGGAGAAAGAGAAGCUGGAGGAAGACGACAAGGAUAGUCUCGAUACGCCACGGAUCGAACAUGAAGAAGAUGAUGAAGUGCGGUUGGCCAUGGAAAUGGCGCUGGCAGCAGCCCAAAACCCCAAACUUUCUGCUACCGCAAUUCGCAAGCUCGUCGGUGAAACGAACAAACAGGCCGAGAUUGUGAAUGAGGUCCAGAAGCAAAAGGAACAGCGAAAGAGGGAAGAACGUGAAGAGGCUCGAAAACGUUGGAUGGAUCACAAGGAGAAAGCGGCGGCCUGGUGGAAGGGAGCUGUCUCGGAGACUGCGACCCAACUCAAAGAUGCUGCCGCACAUCGAGCCGAAGUCCUUAAAGAUCAGGCCGAACGACGUCUUUACGCGGACGACAUCAAACGAGACGAGACGAUUCUAGCUAUGCGCAAGAAGAUGCGAGUGUUGAAAAAAACUCUCAAGGCUCACCGAUUGCAGGGUAACAGAGUCGAGACCAGGCAUGUGUUUAAGCGUCAGCGGAUGGAAAGAAAGCUUUUGCAGAUGGCCGAAAAGCUCAGUAAAACACAAAGCUUGCUUACGGAAACAAACUUCAAUGUUCACGAAUAUGCCAAAGCUAUGUUGCGGGCUUCCAAAAAGUGGCAUAAGAAAGGAACGGACGAGGAAUUGUCUCUGGAAGCUCAGCUCUGCCGCAAUAUGCACCAGAUGCUAACGAUUGAGAAACAAAAGGCCAAGGUGAAAAAAGAAACUCGGGAAGUCAAAAAGUAUCUGCAGCGUUGCAAGGGUUGGCUGGACGACAAACGAGCGCUCUGUGAAAUGCAUAUGAUGACCUUGGAUGCUACGGCGAAUUCCAUGCUGAGUCUGUACGAAGAUGCUUUGCAACGGCAGGACAAAUUGAUAACUAAACUAAAGGAUUCGGCUGAAUUCAAGGAUACUGAUUUAUCGGAAGUCGACGUUUCUCAUUUUGACCUGCUCCCAAAAAUGGCUGGACCCGGUGCGUUCCUCUGUGCCCUGCGUGGUCUCCCCAUACGCGAUUCACUUCACAAGGCGAAAGAACAAAUGCAAAGCACCAAAGCGGCAUUCAAGUCUUCUACUGAUGUGGCCAAGUCUUCUAAAAGUGUGAAGACAAAACACCUCAAUAGUCAACCAGAGCUCUACAUCGAGACAAAAGAUGAUGAUGCCUCCAUCAGUUCCCGGCUCAGUGACCCAGAUGAGCCGGACGGAGUUGCGUUUGGCAAAAAGUCUUUCCAGGACUCGAUCUCGGAAGGUGAUGAGUUCGAUUUUGGAAGCGACGCUCCAUGGAUGACGACAACGGCUGAUCUGGUUGAUGUAUCGGAAGAGAAAGAAAGAUCAGGAAGAGAACAAAAACAACUCAUCUCUACACAAAAAUUGCCUACCUCGGCUAUGGCGAACUUCGCGGUUUCCACACCUGAGACAGAAGAAACAAUAGUACAUUUUGGAGGCGAAAGAACGACUAAUAGCAAGGGGCAGGAAGAGUCGAUCAACUCUGGGGAUGCGAUUCAAGAGAUAUCUUCCGAAACGGCAGUAGAAACACAGGCUGGCGCUGCGGAUUUCAGCACUGACACUGAACUUCUCCAGCAGGAUACUGUCGAGAAAGACGUUGUUAACCAUGAAGAUACAGCCAAUGAAAAUCCAGCCGAAUAUCUUGAAAAUCAUCUAUACUCGAACUCAUUAGUCGAUUCACUAGAUGAAGUUGGCGACACGAUAAACAAUAUCUCCGAAAAUCCAAUGAGCAUAUCCGACACGACUUUCCAAAGAGAAACGAUGGAAGAAGUGCUUUCUCUAGGGAUUUCGAAAGACCCUUCAAGUUUAGAAAAUUUCUACGACGAGAGGAAAGUGGCAAUACCAGAAGCAGAAGUGGAAUACCCAGAAGCUGGGGACGAACCAAUCAAUAAUUCUGACUGCAAACAUUGA